AGAAAUGUAUCACUGGGGCUGGGGCUGGGGCAAUCCUCCUUCAUGGUACGGGGUCGAUGGCGAUGUUGCCUCUCGACCGGAUGCCUUGCUUGCCAACGGGGCAGCGUUCCUUCCUCCGUCGCAGCCUCAGCAGCAGGUCCCCCUAUCGUCGUCCCGCCGUGCGUUGAGCACGGGAGAGCUCCUCAGGCCGGAGGAGGAGCAAAGCUUAAGGGUAGUACAGCCGGGAAGGUACAGCGCGGAGGAGCGGCGGGAGCGCAUCGACAAGUACCGGAGCAAGCGCAACCACCGCAACUUCCAAAAGAAGAUCACCUAUGCUUGCAGGAAGACGCUUGCAGACAGUCGCCCCAGGGUUAAAGGCCGCUUCGCGCGCAACGGUGCUGAUUACACGGAGGCGGAGGCGGAGGCAGAUCAUGUCGUUCAAGCGUCAGGAAUACAUCAGUCCGAGUCGCCGCCGGUGAUUGAUGUCGAUGCAGAUCGUCCAACUCCAUCUGCCUUCAAUGAUGGCUAUCCUAAGGAUAGCUGCGGCACAACCAUGCAGGAGUGGUGGCCGGCAAUGCAGGAGGCGCUGGCCACCGGCAUCGACGACCUGGAUCAACAUCUCUGCGACGAGGAGAUGCUGGCCGCCUACCUUGGCGUCUCCUCCGUCAGCCUCUACUCACCAUCAAACUCUUCCCCCUCUGCCUCCGGCCAGUGACGACCCACCUCCAUCCACUCUCCAAUAACAUAUAUAUCUACGAUGAGAUGAUGCAACGCAUGAACUUCACUUCUCAGUGGACCUCAUCAGUAAUACCGUCACUGUAUUGUCCGGAUGCAUACAACAUUUGGUAAACAUCUCAGAAUUUUAAUACGCUCAAUUAAUGUGUUUAACUGUCCCAGCCCUUUUCUUUUUAUAAACGUAGAUGACUAAGG